AUGGCCGAGGUCAUAACAAUCCUCGGGGUCGCCGCCUCAGUCGCCCAACUAGCAGACUACGGCAUCAAACUCAGCAUCAAGCUUUUCUCCUACAGUCAAGCCGUCUCACAAGCCCCAGUCACUAUCAAAGAACUCUCCAAUGAUGUCUCUCUUACCUCAACUAUCCUUCAGGAGCUCUGCAAGAUUCUCAAAUCCAACCAAGCCCAUGUUGUAUCGUCCUCGGCAAUCGAAGCUACCCAGCAAACCGCCGAUGAAUGUCUUGCGAUCUUCAAGCAGCUCAAUGAUGCGUUAGAGAAGAGCCUGGUAACUUUGGGGAUCGCGGAAAGUGAGCACGUGGAGAAAGCUAGGAAAGGAAGAGUGGUGUUGGAGAAAUUGAAAUGGCCGUUCAAGCAGCCGAAGAUGGAGCUUUUGAGAUUGAAUAUGGAUAGGUUGAAGGCUUCGCUGACACUUAUGUUGCAAGUACUGAAUUAUGCUGGCUCUAUUUCUUGUCGGUUAGUCCCUUUGAAGCAAGUCUCUGAAAUUCCAGUGCGAAGCUCAAUAUAAUCUAGGAGGGAAAUGGAGGUUUCUUUUGAUCACCAGAAGCACCUGAUAGAAAAUCUCGCACGUUCUGAAGAAGCGACUAGACGCAAGUACCUUGACCUAGAAAGGGCCUUUGAAAGGAGCACUUGCACGGAAUUCGAUGGUGAUGUCUUGCCUCCUACUGCUUCUCCAUCAAAGCAUCCAAAUUUUGAGAAGUCCGAAAAUCCUCGACCUGUUGGUCCGUCAGAAUUGAAAUCCAAAAUUCAGAUGAGAGAGCUCUUACUCUGUUUCCGCCUCUUGAACGAUCUUCUCGGUUCCACCUCAGAGCUUUCCAAGAAGUUCCAAGACUCAUCUGCCGUCUUUGAAGACUUCAAGACCCAUCUGAAGAAACUCCUACAAACAGAACUCCAACAACUAGACAAAGAAAACAUUGUUUCCGACGAAAUAAAUUUGGGGGCUUCCAGAAACAUCCAGACUCGUCUAGAGACCUUGACGAGGACACCGGGAAUUCUAUUUUCAGGACAUCCAUCACUUCCACUCCUUGGGCCACUGACAACUAUACCUUCCCAGGCUAAAAAGCAGUCUCACGAUCUUGCUAGCAAGAGUCGCGCCCUGAGUCCACCUACCGUUGCGUCGUUCAACGAAUCUCGUCGUGCGAGUCCGAUAUUCUUUGAGCUUCCUCCGAAGACUACCGAGAAUUGCAUAGAUACAGAGAGGAUUGCUCAAACGAGGGAGAGUAAUGAGUUUGCCGUUCAAGCCCCCGGUAUAAUGAUCGAAGAAAAAGACGAAAUUUCUAUGUUCGGAGACGAAAGAGGUGUUGGAUCGCGGGAUAUUGUUUGGGCCCUUUUGUCUGAGUGGACGACACUACCUUUGCAGGAGUAUGUUUAA